AUGGGCACGUCUUUUGGAAGCUCCAAGCUGCAGGAUGAGCAAUACUACAAGCAUUUGGAUGAUGAAAGGAAGUAUUUCUUAGUGCUUAUGUUGGGUGAUUUCCAAGAUGCGAUGAUAAUCCCACAAGAAGUUGUGCGGCGUUUGAAAGGUGAGAUCCCAGGAGAGAUCAAGCUAGAAACCCGAAAUAGUUAUAUUGUGGUUGCCAAGAACCAAGAAAAGCUUGUCCUUACAGUGGGUUGGCGGCAAUUCAUCGAAAACUAUGAUCUACAGAUUGGUGAUUCCUUAAUGUUCAGAUACAAAGGGAACUCCCAGUUUAAUGUCAUGAUCUUUGAUAAGCUUGGUCGUGAAAAAGCAUUAUCAGUUGUUCUGGAUCCUUUUUUGCAUCGGGUCCAAGACAGGCGCAACGAGGCACAUGAAAUCGGGUCUUCUCAAAAGAUGGAUGUGCCUUGGGAAAGAUGCAAGAGCCGGACUGAAUAUCACUACGCAAACUUGGAUGAUGAGAAGAAAUAUUUCUUGGUGCAUAUGAUGGGCGAUUUUCAACAUGAGAUGAUCAUCCUAGAAGUAUUUGUUCAGCGUUUCAAGUGCGAAUUCCCAAGAGAGAUGAUACUUGAAACACAAAAUUGCCACAGUUACGUAAUUGGAGUUGCGAAGAACAAUGGAAAUCUUGUCCUUACAGUGGGAUGGGGGAAAUUUGUUGGGAUCUUUGGUCUAGAGAUGGGUGACACCAUAAUAUUAAGAUACAUUGGGAACUCCCGGUUUAAUGUCAUAAUCUUUGAUGAACUUGGUUGUGAGAAGGUAUCAUCAGUUUUUGUGGAUCCUUCUCCGCCUCCUGUGCAAGAAAGGCGAACAAGUGCUACUGAUACUGUGAAAAGUUCUCAUUUUCGUCCUCAGGCCAUACAAACGCAGGCAUUUAGCAUAAGGAAAGAGAUGCCAAUGGAGUCACGACACCUCCAAAUGGAAACGGACAAGUCAUGUCAAGACAAGAACACCGUGAUAAGUACUUCCUCCUGCGAGUCAUCAGGAAAUUAUUUCUCCCCUGAAGAAGAAUAUGGGGUACUUGAAGUGCCUGGUUCCGAUUUCAACGUCAGGAAGAAGAAGGCCAGGCUAUCUUCAAAUCAGAAGCAGCAGUUAAAGGAUGGUUACUUUACCGGCCAAAAGACCAAAUUGACUUCAACUCAGAAGGAAGCGGUGAAGCGGAUGGUCCGAUCCAUAUACUCAGAGAUCCCCAUCUUCGUUGUUGUGAUGCGCAAGUGCAACGUUGUUGCAGAAUUCUAUCUGGCUUUUCCUAGACACUAUGCUAAGAAAUAUCUCAGAGAGGAGCCGCAGUCUCUUCAGCGGCCGGGCCGCAUCGGGAUGUGGCCGGUGCGCUUUUGUGAAAACAAUGGCGGUAAAAGGCUCAAGAUUGGACGGAAACAGUUUGUAGAAGACACCAAGCUGGAGAUGGAUGACAUAUGCCUCUUUAAACUGUUGAGCACUGAGAGAACCAUGCAGGUCUAUAUCAUCCAAGCAAAUUAUCGGGCAGGUCCCCAGAAUGGCGCUGACCGGAGAGGGGCUCCGGCUCAUCGUGCUGAUGGAGCGUGUGAUCCUGGCUCAAGGUUGCUUCACAUCGCUAAAACUGAAGCUAUGGAGGAUGAUGUUGUUGGCCCUGAUGGUGCCUGA